GGCUGGGUGGGUCUGGAACUGGCUGCCACCGUGACACGUCUCAGAGCUGCAAGCAGGUUUGAAUCCAGGAUCCUUGUGGCCCUGUUCCCCAGUUCCUACCCCUUUCCUCCUCCUGUUCUUUAUCUCUUUAUCCUUUUCCCCUCAGGACCUUCCCACAGGUUACCAUAAUUCCUGGUGCCCUGGAGGCCCCCUGUGUUAGUCACAGGGUUUUUACUACCUGACUGACAGGUUAAUAGUCCGCUUUGAUAGUCCCUCACUGUCAGACUCAAGUCUCCACUGUUUCCUGGCAGGCAAGAAAUGCUGGGAAGGAUGGACCCCAGCGCAUUACUGCUUGAGGAUACAGGUUAGGGAUCAAGGGUGGGAAGUUGGUGUAAGUCAUUUUAAUACGAGGCCUUAAUCACUGCCCUGCCUUCUGUAGGUACUGCCAGUCAGCUACCAUGGCCUCUCAGCGUCUUGGGCUGGCAGAAGAGUCUGACCCAAACCCUGGGGAGUCUGAGUUGGCUGUGAACCCCUUUGACGGGCUUCCCUUCUCUUCCCGCUACUACGAGCUGCUUGAGCAGCGCCGAGCCUUACCCAUCUGGGCUGCUCGGUUUAUCUUCUUGGAGCAGUUGGAGAGUAGCCCCAGUGGAGUGGUGCUGGUGUCUGGAGAGCCUGGCUCUGGCAAGAGCACCCAGAUCCCUCAGUGGUGUGCAGAGUUUGCACUGGCCAGGGGGUUCCAGGAAGGCCAAGUAACUGUCACUCAGCCCCACCCUCUGGCAGCCCUGAGCCUGGCCAUGCGGGUUGCCGAUGAGAUGGACAUAACCCUGGGUCAUGAGGUUGGAUACAGCAUUCCCCAGGAGGACUGCACUGGGCCAGACACCCUGCUCAGGUUUUGCUGGGACAGGCUGCUUCUACAGGAGGUGGCCUCAACCCGGGGCACGGGAGCCUGGGGCGUGCUGGUGCUGGAUGAGGCCCAGGAGCGGUCAGUGGCCUCGGAUUUGCUCCAGGGCCUACUGCGAAAUGCCAGGCUGGGAAACCUUCCAGGGGACUCAAGAGUGGUUGUGGUUACUGACCCUGCCCUUGAACCUAAGCUCCAAGCCUUCUGGGGCCAUCCUCCUACUGUGCAUGUACCCAGAGGGCCUGGCGUGUGUCCCACACCUGUAUACAGGGACACUGUCCCUACCGAUCGAGUGGAAGCUGCCUGCCAAGCUGUGCUUGAAUUGUGUACGAAGGAGGCUCCAGGAGAUGUGCUAGUGUACCUGCCCAGUGAGGAGGAAAUUUUGCUGUGCUGUGAAUCCUUGUCCAGGGAGGUGGAGCCCUUGGCUCUCAGAGGUCCUCCACCACGGGUGCUGCCCCUUCACCCAGGACAUGGCCCAGCUGUUCAGGCUGCAUAUGAGGACAUGGACUUGGGUGCCCGAAGGAUCGUGGUCACUCACUGGCUGGCUGACUUCUCCUUCUCCCUCCCUUCCAUCCGACAUGUCAUUGAUUCAGGACUGGAGCUUCGAAGUGUGAGUGAGAGAGAUGAGGGGAUGUGGGGGCUAAAGAUAGAAGUGGCCCACUCUGAUCUGUCUUGGCCUUGGUUGUGGGGGGCGCGGCGACAGGUGUACAAUCCUCAGAUCCGAGCAGAAUCCCAAGUGUUGAGACCAAUCAGCAAGUGUCAGGCAGAAGCAAGAAGACUGCGGGCAAGAGGGGUCCCACCAGGGUCCUGCCUCUGCCUGUAUCCUAAGUCCUUCCUAGAACUAGAGGCGCCCCCGCUGCCUGCACCCAGGAUAUGUGAGGAGAAUCUGAGCCCCCUGGUGUUACUUCUAAAGAGGAGACAGAUUGCAGAGCCUGGGGAGUGUCACUUCCUGGACCGGCCUGCUCCAGAAGCACUGAUGCAGGCCCUGGAAGACUUGGACUACCUGGCAGCCCUGGAUGAUGAUGGGAACCUGUCAGACCUGGGAGUCAUCCUAUCAGAGUUCCCCCUGCCCCCUGAGCUGGCCAAAGCCCUGCUGGCCUCCUGCGAGUUUGACUGUGUGGAUGAGAUGCUCACCCUCGCCGCCAUGCUCACUGCUGCUCCCGGGUUCACCCAUCCUCCACUCUCUGCAGAGGAAUCUGCCUUGCGUCGGGCCCUGGAACAUAUGGAUGGUGAUCACAGUUCUCUGAUCCAGGUGUAUGAAGCCUUUAUACAGAGUGGGGCAGACGAGGCUUGGUGCCAGGCCCGGGGGCUCAACUGGGCAGCACUGUGCCACGCCCAGAAACUUCGAGGUGAACUCCUAGAACUCAUGCAACGAAUUGAACUUCCCUUGUCCCAGCCAGCCUUUGGCUCUGAGCAGAAUCGCAGAGACCUUCAGAAAGCGCUGGUGUCAGGAUACUUCCUUAAGGUGGCCAGAGACACAGACGGGACUGGAAAUUACCUGCUCCUGACACAUAAGCAUGUGGCCCAGCUUUCCCCAUACUGCUGCUACCGAAGCCGCAGGUCUCCAGCCAGACCCCCGCCGUGGGUGCUUUACCACAAUUUCUCCAUUUCCAAAGACAACUGCCUUUCCAUUGUUUCUGAGAUUCAGCCACAGAUGCUGGUAGAGUUGGCCCCUCCAUACUUCUUGAGUAACUUGCCUCCCAGUGAGAGCAGAGACCUCUUGAAUCAGCUGAGAGAAGAAAUGGCAGAUUCUUCAAUAGAGAGUGAAUCUCCCCCUACCCAAGAGUUUGGAGAUGCCUGUGUCCUGCAGUGACAUGCCUAAGGAAUGGAACUGAGCUCAUCUGAAGGCAUUAGGUCCUCUCUCAGGCUAGCACCAAGGUAGCCAGUCAAAGGUUAGGAUCAAAUGUAAAUCCUGGAACCUGAGUCUCAAGAAAUGGUGGACUGAGAAUAGAGGAAAUUGGGUAAGCCACAGUAUACAUAAGGUUGGACCCUUUCUUUAGCCUUCUUCUAUUUAUUGGAGAAUGACUGAUAUGCCCCCCAAGCCUCCAAUUUAUGCCAAACCUGUCUUUGUGUGCUUCACUUUGAUCUAUAAAAGUUCUUUCUCUAUGGUGCCAAA